AUGAGAGAAACAAUGUCAUCAUCCAUUUGUCACAUGAUAAUAUCACUUCUUCUUUUUGUUUUUCUGCAACAUACCCUUGCAAUUAAACAGUCCUAUAUUAUAUAUCUAGGAUCACAUUCUUUCGGUUCAAAUCCUACAUUACUUGAAUCUGAAUCUGUUACAAACUCUCACUAUGAUUUACUUGGAUCUUACCUUGGAAGUACUGAGAAGGCCAAAGAAGCAAUAUUUUACUCUUACAAUAAAUAUAUUAAUGGCUUUGCUGCAAUACUUGAUGAAGAUGAAGCAGCUGAAAUUGCAAAACAUCCAGAUGUUGUAUCAAUGUCUUUAAGUAAAAGAUAUGAACUACAUACAACCCGAUCGUGGAAUUAUCUUGGGUUUGAGACGGAGCGUGAAUUUGCUACCGAUUCAAUAUGGAAAAAAUCACUGGGUGAAGACAUCAUUAUUGGAAAUUUGGACUCUGGUGUUUGGCCGGAAUCAAAGAGUUUUAGUGACGAAGGAUAUGGGCCAAUUCCAAAGAAGUGGAAAGGAAUUUGUCAAGUUGCCAAAGGAAAUCCAGAUAAAUUUUAUUGCAACAGGAAACUCAUUGGAGCAAAAUAUUUUUAUAAAGGCUAUCAGGCACUUCCUGGAGCUGCAAAUUUAACCUAUAAUAGUGCACGCGACCUCAAUGGUCAUGGCACACAUACUUUAUCAACUGCUGGUGGUAAUUUUGUUGCUGGAGUGAACGUAUAUGGCUUUGGAAAUGGAACAGCAAGUGGUGGAUCACCAAAAGCAAGAGUUGCAUCCUAUAAGGUCUGUUGGGAUGGAUGUUAUGAUGCAGAUAUUUUGGCUGGUUUUGAAGCUGCCAUAAGUGACGGUGUUGAUGUAAUUUCUGUGUCUUUGGGUGGAAUCUUUGCAAAAUUUAGUCCAGAAAAUGCUGUUACCGUAGGUUCCUUCCAUGCAAUUGCCAACAACAUUGUUGUUGUUGCUUCUGGAGGAAAUUCAGGACCAUCAGAAUCAUCUAUAGUCAAUAUCGAACCAUGGACUAUCACAGUUGCUGCUAGCACAAUUGAUAGAGACUUUGCAAGUUAUGUUAUUCUUGGUAACAAAAAAAUAUACAAGGGAGCUAGUCUUUCCGAGUUGGAGAUACCAACUAACAAAUCAUAUCCAUUGAUAAGCGGUAAAGAUGCCAACCUUGAUAAUGUGCCUCCCGGAUUGGCCUACUUUUGCAAAGAAGGAACUCUUGAUCCACAAAAGGUUAAAGGAAAAAUUGUGGUAUGUCAACGAGGGUUGGCUGAUAGAGUUGAUAAGGGCGUGCAAGCUUCUCGUGCAGGUGCUAUUGGAAUGAUAUUGGUUAACGACAGAGAUUCAGGGAAUGGAGUUAUAGCAGAUCCUCAUGUGCUUCCCGCUACAAAUGUUGGCUUUGCAGAUGGCAAUGCCAUUUAUGAUUACAUCAAUAACACAAAGUCUCCCGUGGCUUACAUUACUAAAGUUAAAACAGAAUUGGGCGUAAAGAACACUCCAAGCUUAUGUUCAUUUUCGUCAAGAGGCCCAAAUCACGACGGUACAAUCCUUAUGCCUGACAUCGCUGCACCAGGUGUCAACAUAAUUGCAGCGUAUACUCUAGCUAAUUCUCCAACGGAACAACCAUCUGAUAAGCGUAGAAUUCCUUUUGUUACCAUGUCGGGCACAUCAAUGUCAUGUCCUCAUGUUGCUGGAGUUAUCGGACUACUUAAAUCUAUUCAUCCUGAUUGGAGUCCAGCUGCUAUCAAAUCAGCAAUCAUGACCACAGCAACAACAAACACCAACAAUGGAGGGCCAAUAUUGGAUUCAUAUUCACUACAAAAUGCAACUCCUUUUGAUUAUGGUGCCGGACACAUUCAACCUAAUCUUGCAGUGGAUCCUGGACUUAUAUAUGACCUUAAUAUUACUGAUUAUUUGAACUACUUAUGUGGUAAAACUGGCGAACUUCCAGUGUUUUACGGAAAACCUUACACUUGUCCAAAAUCUUUCAGAACAGAAGAUCUCAAUUAUCCAUCCAUCUCAAUUUAUGCGGAUAGCAUUUAUGGAUCGAAGUCUUUAAGUGUUACUCGUACAGUUACCAAUGUCGGGGCCCCGAGUGAGUAUAAGGUGGAGAUCCAAGAACCUCCACUAUUUCAUGUCACAGUUCAGCCUGAGAUAUUAAGAUUUAAAUUUAAGGGUGAGAAAAAAGAGUUCAAGGUUACAACCACUUUGAAGCCAACUAUUAAAUAUAAUAUUACUAAAUUUGAAUUCGGGAAGUUGAUUUGGAGCGAUGGAAACCAUCAUGUUGGGAUUCCAAUUACAAUAAUUAUGUAA